ACACAGCCUGCACUAUCACAAGGCAUCGUACACUCAGUGAGAAUGCCAGUAGCCAUUGUGAUAAAAUGGGAUAGCAAAGUUUAUUACAACGAACUCGAUAUUCGGAUUUCAAAUAAAAAAUCAAUCAAUAACUAUUUUGAUAAACAUCUUUGAUGUUCUAGGAAUAUUUUUUGGCUUUAAAAACAUUGAUCUCAGGUCGUGGUUAAGUUAAGAAAUUUGUAGUGAUCAGGGUAGCGAGAUGGUGGCUCAGGGGUGUGACGCGGAGGCGGCGGCGCGGGGGGGGGACAUCCCUCACGACCACCUGUUCAAAGUCACCGGCCUGUCGUCCAACAACCUGCAGAAACUUGCCCAAGACGCUGCGCCCGUGGUGUCCGACUUCGAAGCAGCCAUCGCGGCGACGCAGUACGGCCGCUUCAACGUCUUACUCCUGGCCUGCUCCCUCCCUGCCUUCUGGAGCGCCGUGUCGGUCACCAGCUCCGUGUCCUACAUCUUCACGAGGGCCAAGUGCGAUAUGGAUUUGAGCCUGUUGGAUAUGGGCACGGUUACUGCGAUCACGUAUGCAGGCAUGAUAAUGUCGGCGAUGAUCUGGGGCUUCCUGUCUGAUACCCUGGGCCGCAGAUACAUCAUGGUGUGGGGGUUCCUGGGUGCAGGGGUGCUGGAGGUGGCCGCGGCGCUCAGCCAGAGCUUUGCGAUGCUGCUGGUCACCAGGUUCUUCUGCGGGUUCUUGUUCAACGGCCCCUUCGCCGUCCUCCUCUCCUACAUCGCGGAGCUCCACCGCACAGAGCACCGCGCGCGCGCACUGCUGCUCACCAGCAUGUUCUACACGCUGGCCAACACCACGCUGCCGCUGCUGGCCUGGGCCUUCCUGACUCAUCCGGAGUGGGAUGUCGAGCUGUUCGGAGGACAGAUCGUGAUCCACGCGUGGAACCUCUUCCUGCUAGCCACGGCGCUGAUGCCGCUGCUCAGCGGAGCCGCCUUCGUCUUCCUCCCCGAGAGUCCCAAGUUCCUGAUGUCGCGGGGCCGCAACGACGAGGCCAUGGCCGUGUUCCGGGGGAUCUACAGCAUGAACACAGGCCGGCCUGGUGAGGAGUACCCGAUAGAAAAGCUCCACUCGGAGAGGGCGGGCGAGCUGGCGGGGGGGCUGGCGGCGCUGCGCGGGGGGGGCGCGCAGCUCGCGCCGCUGUUCCGCGCGCCGCACGCCUGCUGGCUGCUGCUGCUGUGCGGGAUACAUGUGGGCUGCAUGUUCGGUUCAAACACCCUGCGUCUAUGGUACCCUCAACUGGCGGCCAUGAUCGGGAACCACGUGGACGAGAGUCUCUGCUCGGCCAUCGCCCCCGACGCCACCCCCCCGCUGCCUGCGGACUGGGAGGGGGAGGGGGAGCCCUGCCAGCCCAUCGACACCGACAUGGUCACGUAUCUGCAGAGCGUUAUAGUCGGCUCUGGAUCCAUACUGACGUAUGGCAUUGGAGGGAUGUUAGUGAACAAAUGCGGCAAGAAGCUAGUAACCGCAGUCUGCUGCUGGGUGGCGGCCGCUCUCAUCAUGACGAUGCCGGUGCUAGGGGCUGGGGCCUUCAGCGUGGUGGCGCUGGUCACUGCGGCCCUCGCCUUCACCUCGCUGAGCGGCGCGGCGCUGUCGAGCAUACCUGUUGAUCUGUUCCCGACUGAUCUUAGGGUGAUGGCGCUGGCGAUAUACCUGAUGACGGGGCGAAUGGGGACCAUCCUGGGGACGGUGGCGUUCCCCGCCCUCAUGGACUUCGGCUGCUAUCCUCCGUUCAUCGCCAUCUCUGGAGUCCUCAUCGUGUGCGGUGCCGCUUGCCUCCUGCUGCCCAACACCACACUGAAGAGAAUGGAAUAAACGAGUCAUGUAAAUAACCUACUUACCAAUAAGUAUUCAUUGUAAAUAUUUUCCUCUGCAUCCAUUUUUUAUUUUUAUGUCCUUUAGCCUAAGCCUAAGUAGAUACUUAUGUACAGUCUGUGAGUGUCGGUAGUAGGUACUCAUUGUGUAGGAUAUUUUAAGUUUUUCAUCCAAAUAUUGCCUAUAAAAAAAUUAUCUUGUCGAUAAAGCCAGUCGGUAAAGUUAAGCAUUGUCCUAUGUUCCUAGUAUAUCAUUUAUGUAGGUAAUUACUUAUAACUUGUGUGGUACGAUACGAUGCUAUGUCCUUUAUUGUUAUAUUGUGUACCUAUAGGUAGGUUACUAAAUUCAGACAAAGACUGCAUUAUUUUCCAUUAAAACACCUGAGUUCAAGGAAAUGAAAUAAAACUGCUCGAAUUUAAAAAUAUUCUCUUCUUUUAUUUUAUCGUUUAAACCUAAUCUCAUUCUCCGACCGCCUCGCCUCCGGAAGAACUCUCACAAACUGAGACAGAAAAGAGAGAAGAAUUAAAACUAUUCUUAUCUCUUUUCUAUCU